CUCCAAGCCACUUCAACCACUCAAAAUCCUUCCCUCUGGGCCUUUCCCAUAGGUAAAUUCUUGUGGGAAGAUAUAAAAGACCAACUCCUCCAAGCAGAACAACUCUCUAGCUGCCAUAGGAGGCCAAGGCACACAGCAGCGAUGAGGGUCCUUCUGCAUUUCCCAGCCUUCCUGGCUUUCCUGAUCUUGCUCCAGACUGCAGCAUCUGCCAGAAAUGCUCGGACCACCAAAACUGCCACCAUCUAUGACACAGUGAGUCAGGUCAAAGUCCAGGUCAACAAGGCCUUCCUGGAGUCCCGGGCCAGGCUGAAGAUGGCCAUGAGCUCCCUGACUCCCACCACCCGCCAACUCUCAGAGUUUCUCAAACAUGCCAAAGGCCGGACACGCACAGCCAUCCGCAGCGGGCAGGUGUGGGAGGAGUCCUUGAAGAAGCUGAGGAAACAGGUGUCCUUGACAAAUGUCACAGGUCAAGGCCUGGACUUGACUUCGCUCUCCUGGGAGGUGGGCUGUGAUGCCCCUGCUCUCCCGGUGAACUGCAACAUAAGCAGCCCUUACCGAACCAUCACUGGAGACUGUAACAACAGGAAGAAGCCUGCUCUGGGCGCAGCCAACAGGGCGCUGGCUCGAUGGCUGCCAGCCGAGUAUGAGGACGGGCUCUCCCUUCCCUUCGGGUGGACGCCGGGGAAGACGCGGAACGGCUUCUCUCUCCCUCCGGCCCGUGAAGUCUCCAACCAGAUCGCCGGCUAUCUGAACGAGGAGGAUGUUCUGGACCAAAACAGGUCCCUGCUCUUUAUGCAGUGGGGCCAAAUAGUGGACCAUGACCUGGACUUUGCCCCUGAAGCUGAGAUGGGGAGUGACUCCAAAGUCCAGUGUGAUGAGCACUGUAUCCAGGGAGACAGCUGCUUCCCCAUCAUGUUUCCAACCGGUGACCCUAAGUUGAAGACUCAAGGGAAGUGCAUGCCUUUCUUCAGAGCUGGGUUCGUCUGCCCCACAUCACCCUACCAAUCCCUGGCCCGAGAGCAAAUCAAUGCUCUAACCUCUUUCCUGGAUGCCAGCUUGGUGUACGGCCCUGAGCCAAACCUGGCAAAUAGAUUACGAAACCUCAGCAGUCCCCUGGGCCUCAUGGCUGUCAAUGAAGAGGUCUCAGACCAUGGACUGCCCUACCUUCCUUUUGUUGAAACAAAGCCCAGCUCCUGUGAGGUCAUCAACAAAACAGCCGGUGUGCCCUGCUUCCUAGCAGGAGACUCUCGAGCCUCAGAGCAGAUAUUGCUGGCCACAUCCCACACCCUCUUUAUCCGGGAACACAACCGGUUAGUUAGAGAGCUGAACAGACUCAACCCCCAGUGGGAUGGAGAGAAGCUCUACCAGGAAGCCCGGAAGAUCCUGGGAGCCUUCAUUCAGAUUAUCACCUUUAGGGACUACCUACCCAUUGUGCUGGGUGAUGAGAUGGAGAAGUGGAUACCCCCAUACCAAGGCUACAAUGAAUCUGUAGACCCUCGAAUUUCCAAUGUCUUUACCUUUGCUUUCCGCUUUGGCCACUUGGAGAUCCCCUCCACUGUGUCUCGCCUGGAUGAGAAUUAUCAGCCAUGGGGUUCAGAACCAGAACUCCCCCUGCAUACCCUUUUCUUCAACACCUGGAGGAUAGUCAAAGAUGGUGGAAUUGAUCCUCUGGUGCGAGGACUGCUAGCCAAAAAAGCCAAGUUGAUGAGACAGAAUAAAAUGAUGACAGGGGAACUGCGCAACAAGCUGUUCCAGCCAAAUCAUACCAUCCAUGGCUUUGACCUGGCUGCCAUCAACAUACAGCGGAGCCGGGACCAUGGGCAACCUGGGUACAACUCCUGGAGAGGUUUCUGUGGCCUCUCACAGCCAAGGACACUAGACGAGCUGAGUGCUGUGCUGGGGAAUGAGGUGCUUGCCAAGAAGCUGCUGGGUCUCUAUGGAACUGCUGAAAACAUCGACAUCUGGAUCGGAGCUAUUGCUGAACCCCUCAUACACAGGGGCCGGGUGGGGCAUCUCCUGGCCUGCCUUCUGGGCCAGCAGUUCCAGCGGAUCCGAGAUGGAGACAGGUUCUGGUGGGAGAACCCUGGGGUCUUCACGGAGAAGCAACGGGACUCUCUGCAGAAGAUGUCCUUUUCACGCCUUGUCUGUGACAAUACCCGCAUCACCAAGGUCCCACUAAACCCAUUCCAGGCCAACAGCUACCCCCAUGGUUUUGUGGAUUGCUCUGUCAUUGAAAAGCUGGACCUCUCACCUUGGGCCUCAGCGAAGGAUUAGGGGCCUGAAGUUCACGACCUUCCACAUUGCAUAAGCCUGUGGUCUGGGAUGCCAUUUCAAGCAAGUUCAAUAACCUGAUCCCUUAGAGCUCUACACCCCAAUUCCAGGCCUUCACUCCUUAUACCCACCAGAUGAAUGGUUCAGCUGUCUCAGCCUUUCCCACUCCUUCCAGAAAGUUGGCUUUUGCCACUUCCACCACACCCUCUCAGUCUGUGGAAAUCAUCCUAGAUGGCAAGACUUAGACCUUCUGAGCUACCCCUCCAGCUUAUCAGAUGUCACCCACCCUCUCUCUGAAUAAGCAGUGGCUGAGGCUGUGGCCUUUGAUCCUUAUCUUUCCUUCUGUUCUUCCAGACUAGACUAUAAGCAUCCUGAGCCAGAGACUUCUGCCUGCUUCUAAGUAUGGCCUGUAGCAUUCAGAGUGGUGUUCACACGUGCUCAAUAAAUAUCCCAUGGUUGACUAAA